AUGCCUCUGCAGGAGUCAAGCUAUUUAAAAGAUUUAUUGUCUGUACGCGAUUCGUGGGUUUGUAUAAAAGAAAGGGCUUUUCUCACACACAAACGAAGGCAAAUUUUGGAAAAGGAUGUUGUUAAGCUACUUGAUGUUAUUAUGUUAAGAGCUACUAAAAUCAAUAAAGGACCAACUUAA